CUCACCAUAAACAUUGCGCUGAUGCAUUGGUGGCACUAACCUUGAUGCUUCAGGGAACCCCUCUGAGUGACUCGUGCUCGAUGAGUUCUCCACGGGUAUUGACGCUAAGAUGAAACGUGAGAUGUGGGGUACACUCAGGACAGUCGCAGUGGACAAGGCUAUUGUCAUCACGCUACACUCCAUGGAGGAAGCGUCCGCACGGGCUAAAAAGGUCGGCAUAUUGGCGAAGAAGAUGUUAGGUGAGUCUGCAUGGUGGCCAUCCACAAGAAGACUGAGGUCGUGUUUGCUACAGCUGUGGGCACAAACGAUGCACUGGCCCAACGGUAUGCCACCUACGAGGUGCAGUUCUGUUGCCCGACGUCGUCCGCGCACAGGAGCUCAUGCCACAAAUUCCCGGAGUGCGCAUGGCAGACGACGUCGCAACGCGCAUCGAAGUGCGGCUCGAGACAGACAUGUCCCUUGCGCGACUCUUCGGAUUACUCCCAUCGCAAGAGGACUUCGCGCGGAGUUCACCGUAGAAAGAGCGGGACUGGAGAGCGUGUUCUUGAAGGUCAUCCGAGAGAACGAUGUGCUCAAUGAGGACCGCUCGACGCCUAGGCAGAGGUGGCGGAGGACUUGCUGAUAGUGGUCAGCCAUUGUCUUGCUCGAAGCCGUGGCUCUCGUGAAAGCUACGUCGGUACUGUCACGGUCUCAGACUAACUUAACAAGUGCAAGCCAGCCGAGUUGGAUAGUCGGCUUCCGCACGAGUCGACAACCGGGUCGCACGGGUAAUCCUCGCAUAGUGUAAGGUUGACGAGAUGGAUGAGAUAUGUGAAUACCCUGAGACCGACAUGGCCAUGUAAUUAUCGCACCUGCAGUACUUAGCAGGCUAGUAGUGGCCGAUUAUAUCUUAG